CUUUUGUGAGUGCAAUUACUGAACUGGAUCGAUUUUCGCUUCAAUAAGGAAGAGAUAGAUGGAUCACCAAAAGCAAACCGAGAAAGAUGGAAAAGCAAGGAGAGGUGAAGCUGAUUGGGCUGUGGGCGAGCCCCUUCGUGCUUCGAGUGAAGGUAGCCCUCAACAUCAAGGGCGUUCCCUACGAGUACCUGGAGGAGCAGCUGCCCUUCAGCAAGAGCCAGCUCCUUCUCGACUCCAACCCCGUCCACAAGAAGGUGCCCGUUCUCCUCCACGACGGCAAGCCCGUCUGCGAAUCUUUGAUCAUCGUAGAGUACAUAGACGAGGUGUGGGCGUCGGCCGGACUUCCGGCCAUCCUUCCCCUUGAUCCGUAUGAUCGAGCCACCGCCCGCUUCUGGGCUGCUUACAUUGAUGAAAAGUUUUUUGGGCCGAUGCGCGGAUUAAUCCUAACAGAAGGCGAGGACGGGAAGGAUCUAUUGGAGCAGCUAAUGGCGGCGCUAGAGCAGCUGGAAGAUGCAUUCAGAAAGUGUUGCAAGGGAGGGGCGUUCUUCGGGGGCGAGACCAUCGGCUUCUUGGACUUAGCACUGGGAAGCUUUCUAGGUUGGCUGAGGGUGUUAGAAGGAGACACUGGGACGAAGCUAUUGGAGAAGAGCAAGUUUCCAAAAUUGGAGGCGUGGUCUGCGGCCUUCUGCGAAGCCGAGCCUGUCAAGGAAGUGAUCCCAGAGGCCGAGAAGUUAGCGGAGUUUGCCAAGGUCCUAAGGCAGGUCGGAAAGAGCGUCACUGCAGUUGCGGUGGCCGCGCCUCCUGCUUCCUAGCAGGUGUCUCUUGAGUGUUUGCUGAGACAUGGUGAUGGCCGUUUCAUAUAUAAGUGUAGUAGGUUAUGUUUAAUUUAGCUCGUUACCUGCCAUGCAGGGCUUGUGCUUGGUGUGUUUAUGUGAAAUGGAUUUGAAAUGAAAUAAGGGUUGUUGUUGUUGUUGUUGUUUGUGAA